AUUUCCGAUGACCCCUUCGAAAAUGCCGGGGCGGAGAAAGUCAUCCUUCUCACAGAUCUCAGACACCCGGUAAGCGCCGUAAAGGAAGUUCUUCUUCGAAUUGAAACGCAAUUCGUACUCACCGAAAGGAUCUACGCACUUCAAGCAAGUUCGGCAGGAGUCUCCGCAGAGUGUUAUGAGGAAUGGCUUGUAAAGGACGGGGGAUCCUACAAGAUAGGAGUUAUCAGUAGUACGAUAGUGACGGAACUCCCUUGAUAUAAGUGAUCAGGCAGACGGAAGAACUCCUAGCGGAAGCAAAAAAGGAGCUCAAAAAGGAAAGUUCCAAAGAGCAGCACAACAUUCAAGUGAUGAGAACUUUAGCAAGUUGCAACAACUUCUGAAGGAGCAGCCCGUAGAAUCAGGUCCGUUAGAACCAAAUUGUCGUCACUGGAAAACUUUGUGACUGUGACCAGCAUGUAAAACUGGAUGACCAAGAACGAGAUCUAGCUGAGCACCCCUCAAGUCAAGAAAAGGUUCGGAAAAUGACCGACGACGGUCAUCUCUCCAAGUUGAUUAAAGAAACAAAGGAUGACGGUAGUUCUCUUAGUGUUGUAGUACAGCACAGCUCGAAGCGUUCUGCUCACACAAGGGAGUUCGAGAGUCGACGAUGCUGAAUAGAAUCAAUGGAAUAUGCGUAAAAAGAUUCCCGUAUUGAAAAUCGGUCGCCCACCCGGACGGUGCGGAGCCUCAACGCCCUUGCGUUUUCUGCAGAGCGCAAUCCGCUCAUUUCUCGGACUCAUGUCCUAUUGUCCAAUAUGCACGCACACGGAACCAGAUCGGAGACAGGUGCGGCCUGAAGAAAAUAGAAUGCUGGUACUGCAUCAGGGUCUACAGCACACCCUUCGAAGACUUUAUCCCCAGUGA